AUGAAUGAUCACAUUGCAUCAAUACUGCCCAAUCGAGGGAUAUCGGAUUCUUUCAACGACCCAGCUCCCUUGUUUGAAGAGGAGGACUUCUUGUCACCCGGCACAUUUUCCAGUGCGGACGAGUACGCUGCCAACCCGCGCUUCCUUGAAUUACAAGAAGAACUCCGCUGCGUGCUGUUUUCAGCGGUUGCGACUCUCGAUCCUAGCACAUACAACUCUCCAUUACCUUCAGAGCCAUUAGAAGGACGAAGUCCGCAAGGGACCCGGCAGAGUCUAGACUUCACUAGGGUAUCGAUCCCGAAAAUUCGACUUAUUUAUUAUCUCAAAAACUGGAUCACAGAAUGUGCACCUUAUCUGGACAAGUUCGACGAAUCACGUCACUUUGGAGUUCACAUUCCAAUUCUUGCUCAACGAUCGCCUGCCCUUUUUUAUGCCAUCCUUGCGUUUUCCGCUCGGCAGACCGAGCGCAAGGCGUGCCUUGACAAAGCCUACGACAGCCUAGAGCUCUAUCAGGAAUCCAUUCGACUAUUAGCACCAUGUCUUCAAGCGAGAGACCCAAAUGUACUGGUAACAGUGUGUAUUUUGGCUGUGAUGGAGCUAAUGUCCGUUAGCCCACGCGACUGGCGCCGUCAUGUCGAGGGGGGGCAUCUGCAGGCUGUGUUCUGGUGUUAUGUCCGCAUGGAGCUAUGCGGAGCGAUCAUUUCUAAUGGCUCAGAGAGGACUGUCCUGCCCCUUAACAAAUGGGUGCCUGCCAUGCCAGAAACAGCAGGUCCUAAUGAGAGAGAAACAAUCAUCAGGGAUUUAUUUCAUGAAAAAAGCCGUGCAUCGCCAGAUAUGCACGCUAAUUGGGCAGUCUACCUCUGUGCGAAAGCAUGCGAUCUAGCCUGUCGCCAAACACGACACUUAGAAUUAGGCGAGAUGGUUGAAGAUACGCGACCGUUUAUUGAUCAGUGGACGUGUUUGUGGGAUGAGCUACAGUUUUGGCUGGAGCAACGGCCACGGGCCAUGUUACCCAUCAAGACAACGGGGAUAGGCGGUGGCCAGAUAUUUCCUGAAAUUCUCUUCGCACAUUGGGCUGCCAUAUCUGGAAAUCAAUUAUACCAUGCGGCAUGUAUUAUAAUGUUGGACAUGAAGCCGCCGGAGGAGAUGGUUCCGCCGUCCAAGCCGCACUUCUCUGCUGUAUGGCACGCUCGGCGCGUAUGUGGGAUCUCACUCACAAACCCCCAUAGCGGAAAUCUGAUCAACGCCAUCCAGCCACUGUACAUUGCCGGAAGACUUCUCAGUCAUUACAAAGAACAUGUUGAGGUGGCAAAGCUCUUCAAAAUUGUUGAGGAGACGACCGGUUGGGGUGCUCUCUGGAGGCUCAAGGAUCUCGAGCGAGCUUGGGGGCUUCCCGUCAAUGUAGAUGCAUAUGAUAACCUCUUACAUUUACUUUUCAUUGCGUAA